AUGGAUCAAGUUCCACCAAAUCGUUCAUGGAUGUACGAUAGGUGUUAUAGAGGAAGAGGUGCGUUGAAAGAGUCAUUUGUUUUGGGUGUUGAAGAGUUUAUAAUUAAAGCUUGUGAACAAGACCGUUAUCAAAGAGAUGGGGGGCUUCGAUGUCCAUGUUCAAAGUGCGAUUGUACAAAGAUUUUGAACGAAAGAGUUGUGAAGGUUCACCUGUAUAAAAACGGUUUCAAGCCUAAUUAUUUCAUUUGGGAGGAUCACGGGGAAACCAUGCAAGAAGCUGAUUUAGAUAAUGAUGUCACUUUCAGGGGUGUGGAGACAGAAGGUGAACCAAAUGAACAAGUUAUCACGAUGGAAGACAUGGUCCAUGAUGCUCUCAUACAAAGACAACCCUUCCAAGCAUCAAAUUCUUCUAACAUAGAAGAGGCUCCAAAUGAAGAAACUCAAAGGUUUUAUAACCUUUUGUUGGAGGCAAAUACGCCUUUGUAUGAAGGAGCAUCAGACUCCAAAUUAUCAAUGUGUGUGAGGCUUUUAGCUUGCAAGUCGAAUUGGAAUAUUCCUAACCAAUGCAUAGAUUUUUUUGCAAAAAUGCUUUUGGAUGUAACACCACACAAAUGUGGUUUACCGAAAACUUACUACGAUGCAAAAAAGAUAGUGUCGAAGCUGGGAUUACAGUCACAGAGGAUUGAUUGUUGUGUGGAUGGUUGCAUGCUAUUCUAUGAUAAUGAAUAUGGUAAGAUGGAUGGAGCGUUAGUUGAAUGCAAAUUUUGUGGGAAGCCAAGGUAUCAACAACACAAGACAGGAGCAAGUUCAAAAAAAAAAGUUCCCGUUAAAUCCAUGUUCUAUUUGCCAAUAAUUCCAAGACUUCAAAGAAUGUAUGCCUCAAAAGAAACUGCAACAGAAAUGACAUGGCACCAUCACAACAAGUCGUCAAAUGGUGUUUUGCGUCAUCCAUGUGAUGGAGAGGCGUGGAGGCACUUUGAUAGAGUACAUCGUGAUUUUUCCAUUGAGCCACGCAAUGUUCGACUUGGUUUAUGCUCCGAUGGUUUUAAUCCAUAUGUGCAGGCAUCAUCUAUACCAUAUUCGUGUUGGCCAGUAAUUGUCACGCCGUACAACCUGCCUCCAGAAAUGUGCAUGUCUAAACCCUACAUGUUUUUGACUUGUCUCAUUCCGGGGCCAUUCAAUCCAAAAGUACGCAUUGAUGUAUACCUAGAGCCCUUGAUAGAUGACUUGAAAAAGUUGUGGAGUGGUGUCAUAACAUACGAUAUUUCAAGGCGACAAAACUUUAUCAUGAGGGCAAUGCUAAUGUGGACAAUUAAUGAUUUUCCUGCUUAUGGUAUGCUGUCUGGAUGGAGCACCCAUGGUAAAUUGGCUUGUCCACAUUGCAUGGAGCAUUCAAAGGCUUUUAGAUUAUAUAAUGGGCGAAAAAAUUCGUGGUUUGACUCCCAUCGGAGGUUUUUACCAAAUGACCAUGCCUUUAGGAGAAAUAAGAAUGCUUUCAAAAAGGGGGAAGUGGACAUGGAAGACGUGCCACCAUAUUUGACGGGAACAGAAGUUUGGAAUAGAGUUAAUGGUUAUCCUAAAGUAACUGAAAAUGGUGCACCAAGAAUAGAUGGAUACGGUGAGUGGCAUAAUUGGACGAAAAAAAACAUCUUUUGGGAUCUACCAUAUUGGAAGGAUAAUUUGUUAAGGCAUAAUCUUGAUUUCAUGCAUAUUGAGAAGAAUUUUUUUGACAACAUUUUUAAUACUGUGAUGAAUGUCAGUGGAAAGUCAAAAGACAAUGAAAAGGCCCGAAUGGAUUUAGGCUUGUAUUGUAAACGAAAAGACUUGGAGCUCAAAACUCAUACAAAUGGAAAGAUGUACAAGCCAAAAGCUAAUUAUACACUUUCAGUAGACCAAUCAAAACAGGUCUGUCAGUGGUUGAAAGAUCUUAGGAUGCCUGAUGGAUAUUCUUCUAACUUGUCAAGGUGUGUUGAUGUGAAUAGGGGAAAGGUCAUUGGGAUGAAAAGUCAUGACUGCCAUGUGUUUAUGGAAUGCUUACUUCCUAUAGCGUUUAGUUCUUUACCGACUCAUGUUCUCAAUCCCAUUACAGAAGUAAGUCAUUUCUUUAGAGAUUUAUGUUGUACAACAUUGAAUGAGGUCGACCUUCGGAAGAUGGAAGAAAACAUUCCAAUCAUUAUUUGCAAGAUGGAGAGAAUAUUCCCCCCCUCAUUCUUUGAUUGUAUGGAACAUCUCCCUGUACAUCUUCCAUAUGAGGCAAGACUUGGUGGACCGGUCCAAUAUAGGUGGAUGUACCCAUUUGAAAGGUUCAUGGGAUAUGCUAAACGUUCAAUUAAGAAUAAAGCUAGGGUUGAAGGAUCAAUAGUGGCAUCAUAUUUGCACAAAGAAACAACUCAUUUUUGUUCACACUACUUCAAGAACUUUAUGUUAACACCACAAAGCAUGAGAAACGAAGUAGACACUGAAGUUGAAAGGACAACAUUAUCAGUGUUUGACGAAGGUGGUCGUCAUUCCGGGAGGGAAUCAACUCAUUGGCUAAGUGACGAAGAAUUGAGAUCAGCUCAUGUUCAUAACGAUCCUUUAAGUGUCAAAAACCAACAUCUUAGAGAUUUAUCACUUGGUCCUUUAAGAUGUGUGAAGGAAUGGCAUACCUACUUUGUCAAUGGAUAUAAAUUUCAUACCCAUGCAUGGAGCCAGGGCAAGAAGACUAUAAAUAGUGGGGUUCAUGUUAAAGGCCUUACAGAAGGGGGUGAAGAUGAUUUCUAUGGUGUCAUUAAGCACAUAUAUGAGCUCGAGUAUAAUACCUCAACCAUUGAAAAGAAGGUUGUAUUAUUUUAUUGUGAUUGGUUUGAUCCAUCAAGAAUAGGGACAAGAGUGGAUUCAAAGUAUGGCACUGUGGAUAUUCGAAUGGAUAAAAGAUAUAUCUUGUUUGAUCCUUUUAUAAUUGCACAUAAUGUAGAACAAGUGUAUUAUGUACCAUAUCCUGCAUCGCGCACCGACAAACGGGGUUGGUGUGUUGCAAUAAAGACCAAACCUAGAGGUCGUAUAGACUCUAAUGAGGUAGAUGCCAUUAAGCCAUACCAAGUGGAGGAAAUGUCACAUGUUAAUGACAUCAUUCAAGUUGAAGAAGUUAUCCGAUUGCAAGAUAUAGAAGCCGGUCUUGAAGAAGUGGACCCCAACAAUGUACCAUCAGUUCAACGCUAUAUGGAUGAAGAAACAAGUGAAUCGGAAGAAGAAUGCAGUGAAGAGGGACAAAGUGAAGAUGAGGAUGAAGAUUCAUUUCACAGUUCUAGCAGUGAAUAG